UUACUUUUCUUGUAUAGAAAAACUAUGGAAUAGUUGGAUUUUCAUAAAAUUAUUCUAAAUAUUUAUUUACUUAAAAUAAAAUAAAAUGAUAAAAAUGAUGCAGUGAAUUGAGGGGGGAAAUUUUUCAGCUUACUUUUGAAACUUGAACCAAUAAAAUAAAUAAAUUACUUUAUAGCAAAUAGCAGAAAAGUCCCAUACAGAAAUGGCUGUUUCAAAAUUUAGUGAAAUUGAUGAAUACGGAUUCAAACGACCAGCAGAUUUUGAUUAUGAAUACUAUGAGCGAAUUAUGACAGUGUAUUAUGCAGUACUAACAAGCAGGGCUCUUCGAUGGGAAAAAUUUUUAAGAAAACAUGAUAUUUUGGAUGGAGGAAACACUUUAAAAAGGUACAUACGUAAAGGAAUUCCAUCUUCUAUGCGACCUGAAGUGUGGUUAAAAUCAUCUAGUGCAUUUUUGCAUCGUCAAAGGCAACCAGACCUCUAUCAAAAACUGCUUAAAUGUACAUAUGAUAAAGAGACAGCCGAUCAAAUACGUGUUGAUUUACCUCGAACAUUUCCAGAAAAUAUAUACUUCGAUCAGUAUAAAUCCAGUUUAUUUAAUGUUUUAAUCACAUAUUCAUUAAACAAUAAGGAUGUAGGAUACUGCCAAGGACUUAAUUAUAUUGCAGGCUUACUUCUUUUAGUCACAAAAAAUGAAGAACAUUCCUUUUGGCUGCUGAAGGAAGUAGUUGAAAACAUUGUUCCGUCAUAUCACACAAAAUCAAUGUAUGGAUUAAUUACAGAUGUUGAAGUUUUGGCUCAGUUAAUCCGUCAAAGGAGCCCAGAAAUUCACAAACACAUUAAACAAGUUGGACUACCAUGGGAAGUAAUUUUAACAAAGUGGUUUAUUUGUAUAUUUGCUGAAGUGCUGCCAGUUGAAACAGUACUAAGAAUUUGGGAUUGCAUAUUUGCGGAAGGUUUUAAGAUAUUAUUUCGUGUUAGCGUUACCAUAAUUCUUAGAAAUCGAAGUGAAAUAUUAAAAACACAUGAUAUGUCUGAGCUUCUAAAUGUAUUCCGGAGAGCUAUAAAAGGUCCUCAAGUACUUGAUACUCAUCAAUUUCUCAAAUCCAUAUUUACGAUACCAGGGCGACUAAAGAGAAAUGAUAUAGAAAAACUUAGAACACAGAUAAACAAAGCUCGAUUAAAAGAUAAAGUAGCUUAAUUUUGAUAUGCUAUUUUACAGAACCAUAUUGUAUUAUAUUAUAAGCUGUUUUAUUUAAUAAAAAAUAUAUAUUAAUAUUACUUAGGCGGUUA